AUGGAGGACACAGAGGAAGGCAUUGCUGUUGUGGGCAUUGGCUGCAAUUUCCCUGGAGGUGAAGGGCUUGACAGUUUCUGGGAGGUUCUGCUGGAGGGAAAGAACUGUGCGGUGCAGAUUUCAGAGGACAGGUUUGACAGCAGGUUCUGGUACGACCCAGAUGACAGCAAGGCUGGAAAGGCACGGUCUACCAAAGCUGCACUCAUCGAUGGGUUUAACGCGUUUGACCACAAGUUCUUUGGCAUACCUGAUGGAGAGACUAUCGAUAUGGACCCCCAGCAGAAACUACUGCUGGAGUGCAGCUACAGAGCCCUGGAGGAUGCUGGGAUACCAAUGGAGAAGGCCAGCGGAACCAGAACAGGGGUUUUCAUAGGCUUGAUGAACAGAGAUUUCGAUCUUAUAACUACAAAAAACUGCCCCACCACUAUAACCCACUACACUGGUACAGGGACGGCCAUGAGCAUAGCAGCCAAUAGGAUCUCCUACACCUUCAACUUCACUGGACCCUCAUUGGCUAUUGACAGCGCAUGCUCCUCCUCCCUUGUGGCUCUCCACUUUGCCUGCCAAGCAGUGAGACAAGGAGACUGUGAGAUGGCAGUCUGUGGGGGAGUCAGCUGCAUCAUCGAGCCACGAAUCUUUGUUUCUCUCAGCAAAGCCAAAAUGAUCUCCCCUGAGGGCACCAGCAAACCUUUCUCCAGCAGAGCAGAUGGCUAUGGGAGAGGAGAAGGCUGUGGGAUCGUCCUGCUGAAGCCACUGAAAAAAGCUCUACAGGACUUUGACCAUAUAUGGGGCAUCAUUAGCAGAACUGCAGUCAAUCAAGAUGGCCGCUCCGUCACUCCAAUCACCAAGCCGUCUAUGGCCCAGCAGGAGGAGCUGCUCCGCAGAGUUUACUCUACAGGGAUUGAUCCUUCACAUGUCCAAUACAUAGAGGCUCAUGGGACUGGAACUCCGGUGGGGGAUCCCACUGAAGCAGGGAGCAUCUCCAAAGUCAUUGCCAAAGCAAGACCCCAAGGAUCAGACCCGCUCUGCAUCGGCUCUGUGAAAGGUAACAUCGGACACACUGAGUCCGCAGCUGGAGUGGCAGGACUCAUCAAGGUGCUUCUCAUGAUGCACCAUGAAACAUUGGUUCCUUCACUCUUCUACUCUGAGGAUGGGGCCAGUAUCGAUGGCAAAGCCCUGAAUCUGAAAAUUCCCACCAGAGUAGAGAAGUGGGAAAAGACUGGCCCAAUAGGAAGGGCUGCAGGUGUCAAUAACUUUGGGUUUGGAGGGACAAAUGCACAUGUGAUCGUCAGAGAGUACAUGCCACCAAAAGUUGCUAAAUCAGAGACAGAACGUGCAUAUCACUGUUUUGUAGUAUCUGCAGUCUCGGAAAAAUCUAUCAGACAGAUGAUAGAGGACACAGCUCAAAAGAUAAGCACAGACAACAGAGUGGACCUACAAGCUCUUGUAUAUACAUCAGCCUGCAGGAGAAGCCACUCAAAACACAAAUACAGAAAAACAUUCCUAACAUCUUCUCUGAGUGAUUUAGAAGAACAGCUGAAAUCUGCACUGAAAAGGAAGUUGGUGCCAUCAAAGUCAGACACCAGGUUAGUGUUUGUCUUUUGUGGAAACGGGGUUACCUACAGGGGCAUGUGCAAGCAGCUUUUGAAAGAAGAGCCUGUUUUCAGAGAAAAAGUGAAAGAGGUGGAAAAGAUUUUCCAAAAUUACAAAACCACAAGCAUCUUACAGAAGCUGGAAGAUGACUAUGACAACGAUGACUAUUCUAAACCACACGUUGUCCAGCCUCUUCUCUUUGCCAUCCAGGUUGCCAUUGUCAGCCUUCUAAAGCACUGGGGUGUCAGACCUGAUGCCAUUCUUGGCCAUUCUGUAGGAGAGGUGGCUGCUGCCCACUGCUCUGGUCUGUUGUCUCUUGAAGAUGCAGUGAAGGUCAUCUACUUCCGCAGUGUGUUGCAGAGCAGGGUCACAGGAGGGAAAAUGCUCGUUGUCAGCAACGUAGAAGUGUCAGAAAUCAUGAAGCUCCUCCCUUCCUACUCUGGGAAGAUCUGCUUAGCAGCCUUCAACAGCCCUCAGUCCUGCACCCUGUCAGGUGAUGCAGAUGCUGUAGAGAGUCUUCAUCAGAAGCUGAAGAUCUCAUUCAACAGUAAAAAUCUAUUUCUUCACAUUUUAGACGUCCCUGCUGCCUACCAUAGCCAUAUGAUGGAUCCUAUCCUGACCAAAAUCGAGGACAGCAUAGGUUCCCUUCAAGAGAAUGAAAUGGAAAUAGAGUUAUUUUCAACUGUGACAGGAAAGGUGUGUUCUCAAGGGGAUUUCAGCACAGGGAAAUACUGGGCCAGAAAUGUUCGUGAGCCUGUAGCAUUUGAGCAAGCAGUGAAAUCAGCAGCCAAAGACAAGAAGAACAUAGUCUUUGUAGAGAUAGGUCCCAGAAGGGCCCUGCAGAGGAACAUCAUGGAGACAUUGGGAAAUGAUGUCACAGUUUUCUCCUCUGUGCAGCCAGAUAAAGACUGUGAGACGCUGCUGACUGUUGUGUCCAAACUAUUUGAGCUGGGGGUACAAGUAAACUGGGACCAGUUUUACAAAGGGUGUGAGGCACCACCUACACCUUUCCCCAGGUAUCAUUUUGACUGUGUAAAGAGAGAACUCAGCCUUGAAGUACCACAGAAACCUUCUGCAAGCAAUCAUCCUGUGUUGACACACACAGGUAAAGACAAUGAAUUCGCCUGCAAUCUCUCUUCUGAUUCUUUGUCUUACCUGCAUGAACACAAGAACAAUGGUGUUGCGAUUAUCCCAGGUGCCUUCUACGCAGAACUGGGUUUGGCGUCAUUCACAGCCAAUGCAAAACCAAGAGUUCCCCUCAGCUCACUGCAGCUCGGCAUCACAUUUCACAGUCCGUUUGUUUUUACCCAGAAUCCACCCGAAAUGAAAGUGCAGCUUGAACCUGCAGAGAAUGAGACAACGUUUAAAAUAUACUCCUCCUCAGCCAGCUACGCCUCCGGUGCCGUAGAGAGCAAGCCAGGAAGGUUGCCUGAGGAACAGAGCAUCUCACUUGACAGCGUUUACAAAAGAUGCACAUCCGUUGUGAAUUCAGAGGAAUUCUACAACAGUCUCUCCUUGGCAGGGUUUCAGUACGGCUCAGUUUUCAGAAACAAGGGAGAUGUGCUCUAUGGGGAGGAAUUCAGGGAAGCUGUUUGUGUUGUGAAAAUUCCAGAAGAAUUGCUCAUGCACUUGCAUGACUAUUGCAUUCACCCAGUGGUGUUAGAUUACCUAAUGCAGCUGACACCUGUCACUAUCGCAAAUGGAUUCAUGUCAAGGCCCGGCUUUCCCUCAGCUAUUGGUAGUUUGACAGUGUUUGACCCAUUCGAGGAGGAAAUGGUGAUGUAUCUGAAAGCGACUGAUGUAGGGUCUGAUCACCUUGAAGUCUGUGGCUGUUUCACAAACAAAGAGGGUCAUGUUUUAGUUGAGCUGAAGCAUGUGAGGAUUUCCUUUUUAGGGAGCAGUUCUUAUGUUGCAGAAGAGUUCUUCUUUCACAAUGAAUUCAAUGUAAUCUCAAAUCAGGAGACCAGCACCACGCACAAACCCAAGGCUUUAGUCUUUGCAGAUCAGUCUGGAGUAUCCAAAGCCCUUAAACAGUACUUGAACCCCAGAUCUACAUACAUUCCCCACACAGGCUUGGGGAAGUCUAGCACUAAAGCCUCUGACUUGCUGUCAAAAUUGAACAUCCCAGAUAUCAGUAAGAAUUUUGAGGAAGUUUUGUUCAUGUGGGGAAUUCAAAACAUCACUGAGCUCUCAACAGAAAAUGUUCUAGAGUGCUUAGUCACCUGCUGUGAACUUUUUCGGCAAAUUGUUCUCAAAUUGAAAGAAGAAAGGUUUUCUUAUCCUGUUAGAGUGAUCACCUACAAGUCAGCAGAGAAGACAGUAGGCCACAUCAGCCCGGCCUUCGCGCUUUCGGGGAUGACAAGGGCAUGUGCAGCAGAGAUGCCAAAUCUCUGUUUUCAGUUAGUCGAUCUUGACUCUGUUUCAAGUGAGGACAUCAAAGCGUUGGCCGAAAUAAUUUACUCCUUCCACGGCAGCAAAUAUCCAGAGCUUGUCAUUAAGAAUGGUGAAAUUCUGCAAGGGUCCAUAAGACGAACACCUGUCAAAAGUGUUGAGACUGUUGAGAGAAAAGCCAGCUCUUUGGAGUUUGAUAGGUUCAUUUUGCAGAUCGCUGACCCGUACAGAAUGACAGGCUUGUCUGCCAUUCCCUCCAGUGACUCUGGGGACCAGAUUCAGAAGCAAACCGUUGAAAUUCAACUGAGUAAAAUCUGUGUUCACUCAUCAGAUUACUACCCUGUCAGUGUCUCUGAUCUGACUUUUGGUCAGACCAUGUACUGGAACAAACACACAUCUCAGAACCACAAGCUUCUGGCUCUCGACUUCAGUGGUACUGUUACAGCUGUGGGGAGGGAUGUGAGCAAGCUGAAAGUGGGAGAUCAUGUCGUUUCAUGUUACCCUGUAGCUGCAUCCUCCAAGAUUGUGAUUCCCGAAGCUGCCUGCUACAGCACAAAGAAACUUCCAUUUCUCAAGGAAGUACCAUGUGUGUCCUACUUUGUGCUGUCGUGGGAAAUCUUGCACAAUUCGCUACCCAAAAUAAGACAGCAGAAAAAGCUGGGCAUUAUCUCAUCUGAGCCCGAGUCUACUCUGCUUCAGGUCUUGCUUUUUACAGCAAAUAAAUCAGGGUGGAAUGCCAUUGUAGGGACAGAGUGUAGUGGUCUCCUUCAGGAUUUGAACAAAUUUGAUGCAUUUGUCUUUCUGCCUCCCUUUGACAUCUCCUCCUUCACCAAAGCCUGCAACAUUGCCAGUGUGAAACACAUUGUUGCUGUCUGCGAUAACUUCGUUCCAUCUUCUUUCACACAAAAUGCUUUCAGAAAUGAGAAUGAAAAUAUUCACAUUCAGACUCUUCAGAUGGCGAAUGUUUUCCAGAGGGCUCAUCUGAAAAAGCAGAGGACACAGAUAUACAACUGGCUGAAGUCAAUGCAUUUGGACAAAACCUCUGUGGUUUUCCAAAGCACCACAUUUCAAAGAACGACAUUUGGAAGCAUUGACAUCCUGCCGCUUAAGAGUGAAUCCUACUUCAGCUUAGGCAUCACAUCUGUGAUUGCCCUGAAUAAGGUGGCAAAAGACGAGGUUUCUGACAUCCCAGUGCUGGCAAAACCAAAGCAACUCUUUGAGAAGAAUUCAGUGUACAUUGUGACAGGGGGUCUGUCUGGGCUGGGGUUCGAAACUGUGAAGUUCAUCGCUCAAAGAGGUGGGGGAAACAUCGUCAUCCUCUCCAGAAGCGCCCCUUCACCUGACAUGCAGGUGGAGAUCGACAAUGUACGCAACCAGUGUGGGGUUUCGAUCAUUAGUUUGCAGUGUGACGUCUCUCUGUCGGCGCAGGUUGUGAAAGUCAUCGGAGUCAUUGGCCAGCGAUUCCCCUCCUGUCCAAUCAAAGGGGUCUUCCACAGCGCCGUCGUCUUACACGACGGGUUUAUUGAGGCGCUCGAUAAAUCACACUAUGAAAAAGUGUUCAGGCCAAAAGUUAACGGAGCUCUGAAUCUCCAUCAUGCAACAAGGCACUGCAAACUGGACUACUUUGUGUGCUACUCCUCCAUUACAGCAUUCAUUGGCAAUGCCUCUCAAACAAACUACGCUGCUGCCAACACAUUCCUGGACAUGUUUUGUCAUUAUCGAAGAAGCCUUGGACUUGCAGGACAGUCCAUUAACUGGGGGGCUUUGAAUCUCGGCCUCCUGCUGAACAAGGAUCAUUUCCAAAAGUUUCUAGAGGCCAAAGGCAUGAUGAUUAUGGAGGUGCCAGAAAUUCAGGAAGGGCUGGAGCAAAGUUUGUUGUUAAACAAUCCCCAACAGGUUGUGUGCAAGUUCAACUUCAGAAACUUGAGAAAUCACGUUCUUUCCGAAAACAAUUCUCUCAAAGUGCGUCUAGGUGAAGUGGCAGCAGAAGAACUCAGAAAAGCAAAGGUGACACAGACUAAUUGUCAGCAGACUGCUACACCUUCCUCACCAAAGGAAUAUGUCAGAUUUGUGCUAAAUGAAACUUGCAAUGUAGACCUAGAUGAGCUAAAUGACGAAACAUCCAUUUCUGCUCUUGGUAUGGACUCAAUGCUGGCCAUGACUCUGCAGAACGUCAUCUAUCAGGAAAGAGGAGUCAAUGUUCCCCUUGUCAAAUUACUGGACCCAAACAGCACCCUGUCCACAUUGGUGUCACUCCUGACAGAAAGUGACAAGGGCACUUUUCAGAGAGAAGACCCAAGUCACACUUGGGAAGUGAAAAAUGAGGAGUAUACAGAGUUUUAA